UCUCCCGAGUUCUUAUUUUCUUUCUUCUUCUCAAGUCAGCAAAAAGAUGAAAACUUCAACCUAUUCAAAUUCUCAUCGCAUUUUCAUUUCCAAGGAAGUCUCACAUUUGCAUUAAAAGGGUUUACCCUUGAGAAGGUUUUGAGCUUCUCUUCUUCUAGAUUUGCUUCUGCAGUCUCUCUCUCUCUCUCUCUCUCUCUCUCUCAGGAGGAUUAGCCAUACAAGGGCGAGGACAUGGUCAAAAAGGCGAAAUGGCUCAAGAAUGUAAAGAAGGCUUUUAGCCCUGAUUCAAAGAAACUGAAACAUGAAUCGGUUGAGUGUCGAAACAGUGUGAUCUCUUACCCUGUUUUGAUCGCCACAUCCAGAAGUACUUCUCCUCAGUUUGAAGUUAGAGUUGAUGAGGUCAACUAUGAUCACAAGAAGAUGAAGAAUCUCUGCCCUCCUCCAUCAGAUUCUGUGACUGUUACAGUUGCAGAUGUUCCUGUAGAUUCACCUCCAUCUUCUCCUGAAUCUGUUCAUCAAGCCAUUGUUGAUGAUAGGUUUGCAGGGAUGUCAAAGGAAGAAGCUUCUGCCAUCUUAAUUCAGACUACCUUUAGGGGCUAUUUGGCAAGAAGAGAAUUGCAGGCGUUGAAGGGGCGGGAUAGACUUAAGCUAUUGAUGGAAGGAUCAGUUGUACAUCGGCAAGCUGCAAAUACACUCAAGUGUAUGCAGACUCUCACUCGUGUUCAGUCACAAAUCCGAUCUAGGAGAAUCAGGAUGUCAGAAGAGAAUCAGGCUCGACAUAAGCAACUUCUUCAGAAGCAUGCCAAAGAGCUAGGAGGGACAAAGAAUGGGGGUAAUUGGAACGACAGCAAUCAGUCCAAGGCACAAGUCGAAGCGGGUAUGCUGCACAAGCACGAGGCAACAAUGAGAAGGGAAAGAGCAUUAGCUUAUGCAUUCACACAUCAGCAAAACUUGAAGAGCAACUCCAGAACUGCAAAUCCAAUGUUUAUGGAUCCAAGCAACCCGACUUGGGGUUGGAGUUGGUUAGAGAGGUGGAUGGCUGGCCAGCCCCAGCCAUGGGAGAGUUCGGAGAAAGAACAAAACCACAAAGAAAACUCCUCGAUCAAGAACUCGACUAAGAGUCAUUCCCAUGUAGGAGAAACCGCAAAAUCUUCAAACCGCAACAAACUCAAUAGAUCGAUUCAACCUAAUACCUCAUCAUCAUCAUCCACCACCACCACCACCAAAAACCCGAGAAAGAAGAGGCCAGUUCCAUCGUCCAUAAAAUCCAUGAGUAGUGAUGAAGACACCAAGAGCUCGGAGAAGAACCGUAGGCACAGCAUUGCAAGGUCAUCGUUAAGUGAUGACGAGAACCUGGCUAGCUCAACUACAAAACGUAGUAGCAACAUGGUUCCCACGACAAAAUCAGCACGAGGCAAAGUUAAGCCCCAGACCUCAUCACGCGUCGCCGUGACCUCCCCCGCAACUGAGGGAAUUAACAAAGUUUUACCGGAGAAAGCAGCAGCCAAGAAGCGGCUCUCCAACUCGGCUUCACCUGCACCCAAACCUAGACGAUCCUCAGCCCCACCGAAAGUGGAAAACGGAGCUCUCAAGGCAGAGAGAACGCCCUGAGUCUGACCAUCCGAGGUAUAAUAAAUCCUCAUUAUUUGAUUUUUGUUGCCAUAUAGAUAUGGUGUUCUGAGAUUUGUAUCAAUGUUGGUUACAAGAAAGCCUUAAGGUAAUUCUUUUGUUGUGCAUAGUGUCGUUUAUGUAAUUCUUUUAUGUGAUAUCAAAGAGAAAAACUAGAAUAAUACUGGCAACGUUCAAGAGCUAAA